AUGCUCCCGUGGUUUUCCCCGCUGAACCGUUCUGACACCGCCGCAGCCUACUUUAAUCAGGUCCAUCCUAUGUACCCAUUUCUGGAUCGCAAAGACUUUGAGGAAAAAGCGUUCAGCUCCCAUCUGCCUAAGUACCUGGCUAAUAGUCCGCCAUUUUCGGCUCUGUAUCAUACUGUCCUUGCACUCGGGUGCCAAUAUACGGAAGGCGGAUCGUUUGAUCCGGGGAAAGGAAAAGCAUGGAAAUUGUUCGAGGUCGCCCUUGGUCUGUUUUCCGAUGUUCUCAUUCCCAGAGAGUCUUUAGUCAAUGUGCAAGCUAUCACUGCCAUGUCCAUCUUUACUCUGAAUCUGUCCUGUAUUCAGAUUGAAGAGACGUUGAUUUCUGAGGCGGCGAGAAUGGCCCAAUCUCUGGGUUAUAGCAGGGCCAUCAGUAUGAGUGAAAAUGAGGUGGCGUGUCACAGGACGUUCUGGGUUAUAUAUACCCUAGAGAAGACGACAUGCUUUUUCUCUGGCAGAACCUCAGGCCUGAUGGAUUCCGACGUUGGAUGCCCCAUUCCAGAAAUCCCCGAGGCAGUCUUCGGAGGCUUCGAUUGGUUUCUGUCGUCCGCUCGCUUCAGUCGACUGGUGUCUCGCGCGUACGACAUGCUAUUCUCUGUCAGUGCCAGAAUGAGAUCACCAGAUCAAUACUUUGCGGCUAUUGAUCGAGUCGACGCCGACCUCGAGCGGUGGAGGAAUUCUAUUCCCGAGGGAUUCCGGCCAGGCGAGCCAUUUCGCCCUCAGAAUUGCAAAACGGCGAGUUCCAUGUUGAUCACGCUGCGGUCGCAUUUUUUCUAUUACGGUGUCGUUGUCGCUCUGUGCCGGCUUACGCUGCACGUAGGCGCGGGGUCGUCAUCUCCCCGCCUCGAAGAAGCGAAAAAGCGGCUGAUGCAUACUGCUCGUCAUGUGAUCGAAAACACCCGUUACAUUGAUGCGGAGCCAUACACACCGAUAUGGAUGCUCGGCGUCAUUCCCUUGUCCGCCUUGUUCAUUCUGUUUGAUUUUGUUGUCCACAAUCCGUCUCAUCCGGAGACUAACACCAACUUGGCGCUUUUGGACGUCGCCGCUGGUUAUUUCAGCCGGUUGGAGUAUGCAACAGGAGGGUCCCUGCCCAGCUCUCUACUCUCAGAUUUCGCCCAUAUUGCGCGACAAUUUGUUCGCGAUGUGCAAUCCGGCAAGCGGGUAGUCACCACCGAUGCUCCCAGCGGCGGUCAGUACAAUACCAAAGAUUUCGAUCGCCUACCAGAGACGCAACAGGAUGUGGGAUUCUUUCCCCCUCAGAUGGGGCCAACUCAACAGAUGCCGAUGCAGGGCCAGGUGGGCAAUGGAGUUGCGGCCCCGUUCACGGAACAGCUCUUCUACCCAACGACCGAUCUACAACCUCUGAUGGGCGGCGAGGUCCCGGCCGGAUUCGACAUCACCAAUCUCUUUGAUGUUGUGAUUCCCGACUUUAUGACCCAGCUAUAG